AGGCCUUCCCUGGUUCACUUGUAAGCAGAGCUGUGAUAGAAAUUGCUCACCCGCUCAGCGGUGGAAGAAAUCAGGCGGUUACCAGCGAGCUGCCAUGGAUCAAGGACAGCUAAGGCCCUCAAAAGCUUGGCAAGUGGCCUAGGUCUUGCUCAGUCUCUGAGAGGUCUUAGUGAGGAUGUUAGCCCAAUGAAGAUGGUCAACCUUUUUCCCUCGGGUAAUUGCUGCCUGCAUGGCGGACAGAAAUUCAACAGCAAGCCGUGCUUCUUAAGGCUCUAAGGAAAGCUGCAUUAUCACUAGAGGCCGUAGAAAGGCAAUGCUAGAAUGGGGUAUUAGAAAUGCUCUGUGACGUUUCAGCAAGAGAAUCAGCCUGAUUUACGUUAUCUGGAAUCCUUCGUUGUCUACAACUGCAUGCAUGCAUACGCAGAUAGAUAUUUACGUAUGCAUGUAGAUCUUGGGAACUGAUGCUGCUUUUCUCAACUGCCAGGUGGAGCAGCUCCAAUGAACUCCUGUGAGGCUCCCAUAAACUUUCUGGAAGAGGGUGGUCUGGCUGAACAGUUUCUUCACAUUGAGCGAGAGCAGGUAGUCCGCCUGAAUUCACUCAGCUUCCUUGAGCCUGUCCAGUAUGUUUAUAAUCCUUUGGAUUACGCGUGGGAGCUCCACCAGGACUAUGUGCGUAAAUAUUGUUGCUCUCGGAAGGAGGUGCUCUUUCUUGGGAUGAACCCGGGGCCUUUUGGCAUGGCCCAGACUGGGGUGCCCUUUGGAGCAGUGCAGCUUGUUCGAGACUGGCUGCAGGUAAGUGGACAGGUGUCUCGACCAGCAUGUGAACACCCUAAGAGGCCCAUCCAUGGCUUGGAGUGCCCCCGAAUGGAGGUGAGUGGAGCCCGCUUCUGGGGCUUCUUCCGCUCUGUGUGCACCAGGCCUGAAAAAUUCUUCCAGCACUGCUUUGUACACAAUCAUUGCCCACUGCUCUUUGUCAGUCAAAGUGGGCGCAAUCUGACACCGGCUGACCUGCCAGCGGUUCAGCGGGAACAGCUUCUGCAAAUUUGUGAUGAUGCCCUGUGUGAAGCUGUGAAAUUAUUGGGUGUUGCAACAGUUGUUGGGGUUGGACGCUUUGCUGAACAGCGUGCCCACAAGGCUCUGUCAGUGGCUGGUAUCUCAGUACGAGUAGAGGGAGUAAUGCACCCAUCACCUCGCAAUCCCAAGGCUAACAAAGGCUGGGAUGCCAUCAUCAGAGCAAAACUGGAAGAACUGGGCUUGAUGGCUCUCAUCACAGACUAAUUGAAAACUCCAGGUUGGAGAAAGCAAAGAACUCUUGCUUUGGUUCUCAUGACUUCUAGAUAACGUUGGAAGCAUUAAUUCUUCUACAGUAUUCAUUGACUUGGAUUAAGAAUCUUUUAGCCUUAUGUUAACACAACCUCGGUUUUUCACUUCACUACUCUUAUUUUCCCUCCUGAGGUUAAUUCAUAGUUCAGCUCUCCAGAUGUUUAUGAAGUGCAAGGCCAGAAUAUAUUGUCUUUGGUGUUAACACUUACUUAGGCAGCUGUAUUCAGUUGGAUAUCAAUGUCUUCUUUAUGGUACACUUCACAGUAGAUAUUCACAUUGCACCUUUGUGCAACAAUAUUCUAACUGAGAUUUUGCCUAAAUAUUUGCCCUUUUGGGGGUGACAUGGAUCCUUAACACUGCUUAUGCUGAUGGACUACCGACUGAGUUAUCCCAGUAUUGUCUACUCCAUCUGAAGCUCUUUAAAGCUUAGAUGCGCUCAGUUUUCUAUAUGCAAAGCAGACGCUCUGUCUCGAAGCCACGGUUGUUCUGAAUCAAGAGGGUGGUGCGCAUCAAGGCAACAGUGUGGGAACUGUCUCCUCAUACCUACUUUUAAUGCUGCUGUAAUUCACAUAAGCAUAUCAGAAGAACUAAGCUGGGUCCUAGAACACUAGAAAACUUAUAACUAGAAGUAGGAAAAAUGGGAUCUGCAGUUCUGUAUGUUUCUGCACUACUGCGUUCUUUGAUAUGAGUAGUUCACAUCUCAUUCCCUUCUGCUUCUUGAUCUUUGGGAAAGGAACAAAUGAACAAAGAAGGGGAAAUGGUAGGGAAGGAUGCUCCCCUCUCUCUCUUCAGUUCUUGGUUUGGUUUGGUGUUUGUUUGUUUUUUAAUUAAAAUUGCAGCUAGCUACUCUCAGCCAACUGCUGAAUAGGAAGCAGCAACAUUUCUCAAAAGAUCUGUUCAGAAAUUUGAAGGAACAAUGCAGGUAUAUUCGACUUAGACCAGAUUACCCUGCAGUCAUCUCAACUGCCCUGGCUAUGUCCUGGAAAAUAAAUUUGUAGGAACACCCCUUUACUGUUGCUGUAUUAAAUAGGCUUGGAUUAAACACUGUCUGGAUGUGGCUACUGUGCUUCUGGGUGCAGCCCCAUCACUAAAGACCAACGAAAUGGGUGUGUUGAGAAUGUGAGUGGAAUUUGAUCUUUACAGACUUGAACAUGGUUCAGAAGCAAUCCAACUCUGCUAUCCAGCCUAUAUUUCUUGUACUAUUCCCUUGUGUCAAGACUGACUCCUGGAUUUUUUGGCAAUAAUGCAGAAGUGGUUUGUCUUUCCUUUCUUCCAGGAUUAAAAAAAAAUGCUAGUCUACUUUACCUCCUUCAAAUUUCGUGAUGGUCUCUUAACCAACUACUAACCUGGUUCAAUCCUAUUUAAUUUUUUUUUUAAAAUCAGCCAGGGUUGCUAGGUAUUGCUACUUGCUGUGACUUUAGGAGUUUGUUAUUUAAAAGCUGGACAUACUGUGCAAUACUGCAACCCAUCUAUGGCUUUGGGGAGCCAUAUUAAUAGAUUAGCAAUGCAUUAUUUUAUUUUAUGCCAGUCUGGAAUAUUUAAAAUGAUGGUGCAUUAUUUCUGAGCCCUUUCCCUUUGAUAACCUCCAAGCCAAAAAUAAGAUGAUAGUGCUCUCACAUAGCCAAUAGGGUGGGCUACAAUAUUUGUAAUUUUACUGAUUUGAGAAAUUAGUGAUGGAGCAGAUGCAUUGGGAGUGAAAGGACCCCAAUUUCAUUUGGGGCAUGUCCAGGGAGAAGAACGUUAGGCCAGACUAGAUGUACUAGCAGCAGGGCCACCUACUCAAAAUCUGGAUCACAUUUAAAGUAGAUUAGGAAGAGGUUAUUCCUAAUUGAAAAAGGAAUGCUGGUGGGAUGAAAUAAUGUAUCACCCAUGCCUCAAAUGAACACAAAUACUCAGAGUGAACUCAGUUGGGACAAAAAAUAUUGGAGAAGCUGUGGAACCUUUUGCUUCCUUUACCUGUGCAGUUAUUAUCCUCUAUAUACUGUAACAGAAUCUUGUGCUACAUUAGGAGGGCAACCUAGGUUUAAAUAAAGAUCUGUUGUCACUGUAUUUAUUUGAUCUUAGGCUAUGGGGAAAGGAAAGGACAUUGCUUUCAUUGAGAUGUUGCAAACUGCUUCCAUCUGGACUAGAUUAAUAAAAUAGCAUAUUUUAUCUGUCUGAAUAUACACCUCCUCUUCAGUUGAAGCUACUGAAUUCCAACUGGGCAUUUAUUUUGGCUUAUGCAUUUGUUCACUCCUACCUGUGGUCCUUCAGAUCUUGUUGAACAUUGACUCAACAACCUUUAAUCAGCAUAGUCCAACAAGAUUUUGGAAAGGCCACAGUUUCCCCAUCCCUGCUCUAACUAAUAAUAACCCUGAUUCUAAACAUGCAUAACACAGAGUUUUGGGGUCUUCCAAUUUGUAUCUAUAGCUAAUCAGUAUGGCUUCUCUUCUAGGAAUAAGAAUCAUAACCAGAUCGUAAUUUUAAGAGAGUUUCUUUUGAAAGCAGCAUCUGGAAUGUGCUUUUGUAGGACUGCUGGGAUUUGUUCACUUUUUUCAAUCCAGAUUCCUUCUGGCACAUUCCUAUGACAAAGAAUAUUGGCGGGUUACUUUUGUGAGAAAUAAUCUGCAUUCUGUAUACUUACUGUGAUGGAAAAAUGUCAAAUAAGAUGCUUCUUUGGAACACUAAAUGAUGUUUGUUCUUCCUAACUAUGUUGCAAAUGAUCACUCACUCAAAAAGAAAAAUUACACUCCUUCUUUAAUGUUUAUAGGAAUGUGUCAUGGUUAUUUAAUAACGCACCCAUUUCAUUUCUAUCACUGAUGUAACAAGCUAAGAGUCUCACUUUGGGGUGGGGUGAGUGGUUGACAUCUGGGCAUUGUUACUGGGGUGGACUACUCUGGCCUCAACUCUUUGCUUCUGACCUUGGCUGACGUAGCCCUCACACCUAGUACCCAAAGACUCUGUACCUUUUUGUUGGGAAACAAACUCCAAGGAACAAGGAAAGUGUUAACUGGUCUGUCAGCAAGAUGGUGAUCCUUGGUGUUGUAGUAGAGAGAAAAAAACACCUCACUGAGCCCACCUGAUCAAAUGCUGCUGUCUCCAUUGUGGAAGAGGGCCAGUUAAGAGCCGUGAAAAAGAGAUGCUGGCAAUGCCGGUAUAGCACUGAAGCUUGAGGAUAGGUGGUUUUUCCACUGGCGUGAAUCCUCAUUUCACCCCACCUCCUCCGUCGGUCUUUCCCCACUGUCCAGAGCUGCUUAGCUGCUAUUGUACCACCUGAUCUUUGCGCUGUUUUCUUUUAUAAAUCAGGAGGGUUGCUUUUUUUGCAGAUCACUUUUUUAAUGGCUGAUUUCUUUUUCCUGCAGAAGGUAAAAAUUCAGCACUAAUUAAUGUGGGCGGAGGGUAGGGGAAGGCUGAGUGCUAUUUGGGUGCUGAUUUUGUGCUUCCCAUUUGUCAUCUGAAGGGACAGUCAUAGGAUAAGCACGUAUCUGUUGGAAAUGAUUCUGAGAGACCAGGGCCUGAAAACAGUGGUUGUAAGGGAGCAUCCAUCGUUGCUUAUGACUGUGUCCCUAGGACAAGGCCUUGUUUCUGCCUGCUUUGGUGGAGCCAGGUGAGGAUGGAUGUUACAUAGCACUUUGAAGGCAGGCACCCAUGUUUUCCAAGAAGUCUUUCUGCUACACAGAAGGGGGAUUUAAUUGUUUCCUCCUCCACAUCCAGGGCUAAGUGUUUCCAGAUAUUCUGAGCACCUAAAGAGGAUGUGUCAGAGUAGUGCAUUCUUAGAGUCAGCAGCAUAUAUAUCUAUAUCUAUAUCUAUCUAUUUAUCCAGAGUCCAAGAUGGAGCUUGGCAUUCCAGAGGACCCUAAGAGGCCUAGAGCAAUGGGUCAAUUUAGCCAGUAACUCAUGGCUUCCAUGUUUAGGUCAAGAUUCUGCUCUGCUAUUGCUUGGCAACUGUGAUGAUCUCAUGCCAUCCUCUUUCUGUGUUUCCUAUAAAUAGUCAUGCUGAGGUGGUCUUGCAUCUGUUACAGAUUUUCAGCUGUGAUCAGCAGGAAGCAAGCUUGUGCAACCCAUAGCUGCCAUCCGUGACCCACGUGUUAUCCUUUUAGCCACCUAUCAGGUUGGAAAAUGCAGAGUUAGAACAGCUUUAACCAAUCCAGCUGUGCCAUCUUUGCCUUCUAGUGUGUAUUUCUUGACAUGGCAUAAACCUUGCAUUUGUAGCAUAAAACUUGUGUUCAACAUUGUUACGAGCCAACUCUUAGGGCAGCACUUCAUCUGUGCAAAUAUAGCCAGACAAGGCAGUUGGACAGGCUGAAAAUAAGGGUGUGGUGUAGGAGACCAUAUUCUUCUGCACCAUCAGUUUCCAGGCGGGCAAGAAAAGAUUCCCUUUCUGAAAAAGAAAAAUGCUAGCUCUGCCUCAUUUUCCUAUAGGACAGAAAGAAUUCUGCACAUGCUUAGAGGUACUCAGCCACAGGAGCUGGAAUUUAGAUAAACAAAUAGCCACCACUGAAGCAGGAAGAAUAAACGUUCUUUACAGAUAGUUUGCAGGUAUGCCUACUUGAAUCCAGGUCAACUACUGCAUCUGUCCAACAGGUGGGUUGGCUUUGAGCUGUAAAUUCCUUUCUGUUGUGUGUCGGUUUUCUUUUAAAAGAAAGCUGGGAAAGCUCUUCAUGACUUCCCUCCCCAUGUUAAUGUAAAAAGCAGUAAAAGAUUGUGGUUUAGUACUUGCUGUUGUCUCAGUGCUUAUAUACCUUGGUGACAUAAAGAGGUGUCAGAGAGCUCUCCUGGCUCUCUCUGGCUUUGAAGUUGCUGCCACCAGACAUGCAUCAGAUCUCCUACGCCAUCUUUUAAUUGAGAGAUAUAAACAUCUCAUGAGUUUAAUCCUUUACCUUUAGAUGUAAAGGCUGUUGCUAGCCCAGUGCUGAGAGCUCCCUUGCUGGUCUAAGUGCCGUCAGAGUUGGUGAUGGAUCACCAGAGCAGAGUAGACAAAAGAAGUCUGGGCUUCCUUGUAACUCAAUCCACAGCUCCAACAGCAGCUGUUGUUACCAUCUCUUAUUAGCUUGCUACACUUCAGGAGGCCUGGGGAGACCACAUUGCCUUUACGCUUGUAGGGAAAGAUGAGUUUCAUGGGAAAAGAUCCUCCGCAGAAGAACUGUAGGCAUCUGUGAUGGGGAGCAAGUGCUGAGACAUGUUGGGAUACAAACUCCACCUGUUACGUACUUUUGUGAACGUUGCAACACCGGUAUGAAAGAAUUAGUGUGAUGUCCCAAUGCAUGUUUUGUCAUUUUGACAUCAUAUUUAGGAAUGGGCACCUGUGAACAAAACUCAUCUUCUUGCAGUUUGUCAGAGUGGCACCAAGAAUGCAGUUUUAAUUUAUCACUCAGAACUUUUGUGAUGGAUUCCUCUGAAUCUAAGCUUUUAUACAAUAACAAGAGCAAGUUUAUAGUCUUCAUUGUUGGAGGGGGGAACCCCACCCUGAAAACUGUGGAGAACCCUCCAUGAAUAUAGGGAAUUUGUUGUUAAGAAUCUCCCACCCAGUUUUAUGCACAUAACGAUUUCCUAGUACUUGUAUGUUAAAAUAAAUGUUAGUUAGCGGGAGACGUACAUGUAAAGACUUAGAUCAUUUAUAUAGCUUACUUUUUGACAGAAUGGAUUGUCCAGCAUCAGAGCUGCAUCCCUCUUUCUUGUUGCUAAAUUCAUUAGGGAAAAAAGGUAUUUAAUGCACUUUCACAUGGCUUUAGCACUGCUUGUAGGUUGGUUCAGUGCUCCUGUGAUCCACAUCUCCACUGAUUUCCUUCUGGCACAAGUGGGAUGCUGUAGAAAUGACAAGAAGCUCAGUUUCAAUCUGCAAUGGUACUUCCACAGCAUAGGGCUUAGGAGUUGAGCAUUUCCCCACUGGUAGGAAUUCAUGGGCUCCCCCUCCAUCCUGGCUAAAAUUCACCAGUCUUUUGAGCCCUGGUGUCGCAUUAGGUAUGGAGAUUUUGUCAGUCCCUGCUCCCCAACAUUUUACUAGACUGUAUUCUGUAGCAUCAACUGUGAUGCUUUUGGAAAUGUUCAAGCAGCAGACAAAAAUUCAAGCAGUAAACAACAGCCUCA